AUGCCUCCUCGACGAGCGCAUACAAAAAGCCGCAGUGGAUGUGACCAAUGUAAAAGGCGCCGUGUUAAGUGUGACGAAACAGGGCCCCCUUGCGCGAAUUGCAUUUCCCGUGAGCUUGACUGCACCUAUGUGAAAGCUUCACCAAAGGAUGUCUCUAAUCUGGGACGACGGGCUACGCCACUGCCAGCUAGGGAGAAAGGCCCCGCCACCCCAUGCUCUCUAGCUCCGGCCAGUCCAGUCUCAAUCCCCGCCGUAGCCGGAGUACGGGAGCUGGAGUUGAUGCAUCAUUAUGCCACGGAUACGUACCGAAGCAUGAGUACCAGCGAUUCAGAAAUGCAAGUGUGGCAGAUCCAUGUCCCGCGCUUGGCUUUGCAGUUCGAAUUUCUCAUGAACGGCAUAUUGGCGCUAGCCGCCUUACACAUCGCCUCCACCUUGGAACCACCAGCGUCGUUCGCAUACAUGGACGCGGCUCUGCACUAUCACAACCUCACCUUUGCCCCAUUUCGAGCGUCUAUUGACCACCUGACCGAACAGAAUUGUGAAGCGGUGCUGGCGCAGUCUAUUAUUACUACAGUCUUUGGCAUUGCCUUGCCACGGGUCACCGCUGUACGUGGAGAGAGCUCCAGCAUGACGGAAAACAUGGUCGUUUUAUUCGAACUUCUUCAGGGCGUCAAGAACAUCAUCACCAUUGGCCGGCCUUGGAUCAAACUCAACCUGUAUCCGAACCAGAAUGGGUUGAAGAGCGAUGGACCAUCACUAGAUGGAGGGACCCAGGCCGCUCUGGAUCGGCUCGCGAUGCUGAACGAUGAUAGCCUUUCCAUCAUCAAUACAGACCAACACCUGAUCAACAAAGAGGUCAUUUCUCAUCUGCACCACUGCUUCGCCAUGUACAGCAACGCCAGAGGACCGGCCAAUACUCUCGCCUGGCUAUGUGCUGUCGACAAAGAGUUUGUAGACAAUGUGCGGCGCCGGCAACCAUUGGCCCUUCUGGUUCUCAUGCAUUGGGCCGUGCUACUCGGCGAGCUGGAUGGCCAGUGGUGGUGGGCCCGUAACUCGGGCCGGGCGCUCGUCUCGGAGCUUCUGCUCAUUAUGCAACCGGGAGAUGAUCGCUGGGCAGAUUCACUAGCCUGGCCUCAACGUACGAUGGGUCUUUAA